CCCAUCAGUUGCGCACCAGGAGAGACUCCAAGACGCGCAGCGGAGAGACUGAUGCAUGCUGUACAUAGACGUAGAUAGCUAAUCCUACUCAUUUGUGGUGUAAGAUAACGCGGGGGAUUCUCAAGGAACCUUGAUAAAGACACAAGAAAGCAACACGAGUGUACAGGAGCGCUCAUGGAGACGCACGGGAACACAAAUCAUUGCUCUUAAAACGGGGGCACAUACCUCCCAAACGUUUCAAGAUCAUCUAAAGGGGGAAAAAAAUAAAUCAUGAACUUAUCCGAGUCUGUUUGGCUCUUGGAUGAGCCAUGUAACCUUAGCAGAGUGGAGGAAGAGGACCAGAAACUUUUAUUCGGGAUCGGCACGGAUAAUUUCAUCACGCUGCUGGUUUUCGGGCUCAUCUUUACGCUCGGUGUGCUGGGCAACUCCAUGGUGAUCACGGUGCUGGCCCGGAGCAAACCCGGGAAACCACGGAGCACCACCAACAUAUUUAUCCUCAACCUGAGCAUCGCUGACCUGUCCUACCUGCUCUUCUGCAUACCUUUCCAGUCCACCAUCUACAUGAUGCCUACGUGGGUCCUGGGCGCAUUCAUUUGCAAAUUCAUCCACUAUUUCUUCACCGUGUCCAUGCUGGUGAGCAUCUUCACUCUGUCUGCCAUGUCCGUGGACCGAUACAUUGCCAUCGUGCACUCCAGAAAGUCCUCCUCUAUCCGAGUGGCGAAGCACGCUCUGAUCGGGGUGGUGGUGAUUUGGAUACUCUCCCUGGCCAUGGCUGCGCCCGUCAUGUAUUACCAGAACAUUUCUCACAGAGGGGAGAAUCACACCUUCUGCUGGGAAGUGUGGCCAAAUGAAAACCAGAAGAAAGUCUAUGUGGUUUUCAAGUUUGUUUUUGGUUAUGUUUUGCCUCUGCUGCUGAUUUCCUUCUGUUAUGCAAAGGUUUUAAAUCACUUGCACAAAAAACUGAGAAAUAUGUCCAAAAAGUCAGAGGCAUCAAAGAAAAAGACUGCCCAGACAGUCCUGGUGGUGGUGGUGGUGUUCUGCUUCUCUUGGCUCCCUCAUCACGUCGUUCACCUGUGGGUGGAGUUCGGGGACUUCCCGCUGAACCAGGCCUCCUUCGUGUUACGGGUGGCCGCCCACUGCCUGGCGUACAGCAACUCGUCCGUCAACCCGGUCAUCUACGCCUUCCUGUCGGAGAACUUCAGGAAGGCAUACAAGCAGGUGUUCAAAUGCCAGAUCGGCAGCAGAGACUCCCCGCUCAACGACAUCAAGGAGAUCCGCAGCAAAGCAGACACUCCGCCCUCGACUAACUGCACCAACGUCUGACGGACGAGGUGCGGAUGAUGACAUGAAAGUGAAUCACUGUCCCACUGAAACUCAAUGUAAUGUCCUAGUGACAGAUCCAUCGGACAUGAGUGGGUGUUUGGAUUGUUUGUUGUAGGUAGUAUGGUUGCGUGGAUAUUUCUGUACUGUUUCCACUUAAGCGCUGUUGAUUAUAGGACCGGAGGAGAUGAUUACUCCCUCUUUGAUCAGUGUCUGUUUCAUAAUAAACUGUGGAGUCUGAAACUCAGGAAACCCUGUGUUUAAAGUCCAUCCAUCCAUCCAUUCAUCCAUCCAUUCAUCCAUCCAUUCAUCCAUCCAUCCAUCCAUCCAUCCAUCCAUCCAUCCAUCCAUCCAUCAUCCAUCCAUCCAUCAUCCAUCCAUCCAU